AUGGACACGGUCUUCGAGUUUGUGAAGCUCACGUCGGCCCAACAACUCCGACAGAAACCGACGCGGGCGGCGAUCCGCUCCCACGCCAGCCGGCACAACUGGCGAUCGCAUGCCAAGUCCACCGCGACCAAACGACCCUCUCAUGCUCCGAAGGAUGACCGACCUCAACAGACUCGGGCGCACAUGCAUCGGAUCCCCGAAGCCGUAGGUCUGGGGCUCCUCGACCCGUUUCAGACCUACCCAUCGCAGCUGGAUGCUGCGACCGUGAGUCGGAUGUUCGAGUAUUCACUGCAAUAUCUAUGGCCCACCAUCUUCAUGGCCAGUUCAGUGGCAGAGCAGACUUCACCCACGAUCAGGGCGUGGUUUACUGCGGGGUUGAACAGCCCGGUCCUGUUCAGCGCGUUCAUCCACGGAGCGGCGACUCAUCUGCAAUCGAGGAUGCUGUUAUCCGGCGCACAGCAACAUAACCAGAAAACAGCCUACGAGAUUCAGCUAAGCCAGCUGGAGACAGUACAGCGUCUCAACGCGGCCAUGCAGCGACCGGUAGAUCAGUGGACUGAUGAGGUCAUUCUCGCGGUCAACUCGUUGCUAUAUACCUCCGUCGAUGCUGAGACCAUUACCGCCGCUGGUAACGUGUCGUCUUUGUUCAGUCCGGUGUUUGACAGCAUGCAAAGUCUCGAUGUGUAUGCUGUUCUGACGCAGGAUAACUGUCAUCGUCGGGGGUUGCUGGCCAUGAUUCGCCAGCGGGGUGGUCUAGAGAAUAUUAAACUGGAGGGGGUGGCUGCUGUGAUCUCGUGUACAGAGGUAAUCGUCGCAACCAAGAACCUCACCAAGCCUCAAUUGGAGUAUAGAUCUAUGUUGAGCGAGCAGCUGCACACCACACAGCGAGAAAGCCCCACGCUCUCCUUCCAAUCCACUGCUUUUGAGCUCUCGCAGAACCGUCUGUUGGACGAGCUGAGAGAUUUCCCACGCGGAUUCCUUGAGAUACUGCAUGACAUGGUGAUCUACACAGACCGAAUUCAAUCUCUGGUCCAUGGACGAGUAUGCCACUCGCAGCCCCAGAUGCUUAGCCUGGUCGAGCAGCGCAAUUGGAUCCAACACCAACUUCUGAGUCUUCCGUCUAAGGAUGAAUGCGUCGCGCCGGUGUCGUUUCUGUACGAGUCCUUCCGCUUGGCUGCUCGGGUCUAUAGUCUAGCGGUCAUCUUGCCGCUUCCCAUGGCCGUUGCACCCUUUGCCCGAUUAGCCAAGCUGCUUCAGGUGGAGAUCAGCCAAGCUAUGGAGUAUGAGCCCGUGCUUAGUGACGCUGAAGUGGAUCUGCUGUUGUGGAUGGUAGUGCUGGGCGGAAUCGCCAGUGAAGGGAAACGAUUCCGAAGCUGGUAUAAGACUAUGCUUCGUCAUUUACUGCAAGGAAGGGACUUCAUAUGUUUUGCCGAGGUCAAAAGCGCCAUGAAGAAGGUCCUGUGGCUUGAUCUAUCCUGUGACCCUGGUUUGCAACGCCUGAUGAUUGAUACCUUUGCUCGUAUUCGUGGAAGGUGA